AUGACGCGUUGUGUCCGCUUCCUGUCACCAAGCGCGGUUGCAGCGCCGGCUUGAGUUAUAGCAACUGUUGCCUUGUGAAUAAAGCGCCGUAGUCACCGUAGUCCUGGCGACUGUUACCCACCAACAACAGCAACCGAGGUUCCUGCUAAGUCCAUUGUUAGAACCCACAAUUGGAGAACAACGGUCACAAUAGCCCAAUAUGCAGACUUCUGAGGCUGGGUCAGACACCACAUCAACAGUGACUUUGCAGACCUCGGUAGCAGGACAGCAGGCGGUGCAGGCCCAGGUGGUACAACAGGUACCAGUUCAGCAACAGGUACAGCAGGUGCAGCAUGUCUACCCUACACAGGUGCAGUAUGUGGAAGGGAGUGAUGCUGUUUAUACCAAUGGAACUAUGCGAUCAACUACCUAUCCCUACUCGGAGGCCCAAAUAUAUAACCAGAACACUGGAGGAACAUAUUUUGACACCCAAGGAAACUCUGGCCAGGUGACAACUGUUGUCUCAUCUCACAAUAUGGUGGGCACUGGCAGUAUUCCAAUGGGUGUCACAGGCGGUCAGAUAAUCAGCAGCUCAGGGGGUGCCUACCUUCUAGGCGGGUCAAUGGAUGGAUCCAAUCACCCAGCCAGUCACACAACACGUGCUUCUCCAGCCACAAUUGAAAUGGCGAUUGAGACACUCCAAAAGUCUGAUGGUUUGACAGCUCACAGAAGCACUCUUCUCAACAGCCAUCUUCAGUGGUUAUUGGACAAUUAUGAAACAGCAGAAGGUGUCAGUCUUCCUCGAAGUACCCUGUACAACCACUACUUGCGUCACUGUCAGGAACAGAAGCUUGAUCCGGUGAAUGCAGCUUCUUUUGGGAAACUUAUUCGCUCCAUUUUCAUGGGUCUGCGCACAAGGCGGCUAGGCACAAGAGGAAACUCCAAAUAUCACUAUUACGGCAUCCGGAUCAAACCAGAUUCCCCACUAAAUCGCUUGCAGGAGGAUAUGCAGUACAUGGCUAUGAGGCAGCAACCCAUGCAUCAGAAACAGAGAUAUAAGCCUAUGCAGAAAUUGGAUGGAAUAGGGGAUGGCUUUGCAGGAAGUGGACAACAAGUUCCAAACUCUGCGGAACAAACCAUUGUAGCACAAAGUCAACAUCAUCAACAGUUCCUUGAUGCCUCUCGUGCUCUUCCGGAAUUUAUAGAGCUUGAGGUUGGAGAUAGCCCCUUAUUGGAUGACAUCAUUAUUGAGGACAUCAGAACACUACAGAUUCUCUAUAGGGAGCACUGUGAGGCGAUACUGGAUGUAGUAGUGAAUCUUCAAUUUAGCCUCAUUGAAAAACUAUGGCAAACAUUCUGGCACUAUAGUCCAUCCCCUUCAACAGAUGGGACUACUAUCAAUCAAACCAGGCAAAAUGAAAUAGAAGGUAGACUUCCAAAGGCAAAGCUUAUUGCUCUGUGCAAGAAUGAUUCCGUCCUCAAGUGGAUGUGUACCUGCGAUCAUGUAAUGUACCAGGCUCUGGUGGAAAUCCUGAUUCCAGAUGUCCUCAGACCUAUUCCUAGUGCCUUGACCCAAGCCAUUCGCAAUUUUGCAAAAAGCCUUGAAGGAUGGCUGACAAAUGCCAUGAACAAUAUACCACAGCAAAUGGUUCGCACCAAGGUUGGAGCUGUAAGUGCCUUUGCUCAGACACUGCGUAGAUAUACGUCCCUCAAUCAUUUAGCUCAAGCUGCUCGAGCUGUGCUGCAAAACACAUCUCAAAUUAACCAGAUGCUGAGUGACCUCAAUCGUGUAGACUUUGCCAAUGUCCAGGAGCAGGCUUCCUGGGUGUGUCAAUGUGAUGACAACACAGUACAAAGACUGGAACAUGACUUCAAGAUGACGCUCCAGCAGCAAAGUACCCUUGAGCAGUGGGCUGCCUGGCUUGAUAACGUGGUGACACAGGUGUUGAAGCCCUAUGAAGGGAGCGCUAGUUUUCCCAAAGCUGCUCGUCAAUUCCUGCUGAAAUGGUCCUUUUACAGUUCCAUGGUUAUUCGAGACCUGACCUUACGGAGUGCAGCAAGUUUUGGUUCUUUCCAUCUGAUACGCUUGUUGUAUGAUGAGUACAUGUUUUAUCUGGUGGAGCACAGGGUGGCUCAGGCUACUGGGGAAACGCCUAUCGCUGUGAUGGGAGAGUUUACUGAUCUCAGCACGAUGUCUCCACUGAACAUGUAUAAAGAUGAAGGAAGUGAGGUUGACAGCGAAAUGGAUGAUGAAUUAGAAGAUCCUGGAGAACCACCUUUCAAACGAGAGAAAAUAGACCUAAACCAGACAUUACAAGGUGUAUGUGUUGCGUCGUCCCUUAACAGCACCAUACAGCCAGACCCUCUGAUUCCACUUCAUGCUGAUCAAAUCAUCACAAGUGUGGCUAGUGCCAGGCACUGCAACACUGCCGAAAGCACAUACACAGCAGUCUAAACAAAAACAUGAGCUCGGAGUGAUAACCCCUCUUUUCUUUACAUCGUCUGAAGCCUCACACUUUGGUGGCUUCAGCUAUUCAGAUAACACAUAUUACUAUGCUGAAUGUUACUCUCAUACACUAAAUGGGUGUAUAUAGUUUUUUUUUUAAGUUGUGUUUUUAGUUCAAUGUUGGCUACAUGAGGUUCUCUGUAGAUAUGAUAGAUGUUAUUAAGAUGAACUUAUAACAAUACAAGUUGUUUUAAUUAGUUAAGAUUUUGAUUCAAAAUAUAUUCUUAUACAUAAUUCAGGGCAGGAUAUGCACACUUGACAGCAGAAGUACAUGAAGGUCAGGGCUUGAAUUCAACAAUAUCCUGUUGUCUUACUGCUUGUUUUAUCAUUUCCGUUCAAUUCUGUUUCAAUGAGAUCCAGGAUUGAUAUUUCUGCCACUUUUCUUUAAUGCACUUAGACAAGUUUAUAAUAGGAUAAAACUAUAUUCGAUACAAAUUAUCAUACAUAGGAGCUUCUAUCUUCCCAGCAUCAUGUGGGUUGGUGUGGCAUGGUUAUCAACAAUAGUAUUCUUGACCAAAGUGUUUGCUUAAGUAACAAGGUUUGUGCCUCACCACCAUUAAUGCCUCAGAUUUCAAUAAUUGUGCUGUUACCUCAAUGAUUGUUCCAACUACAUUCAAUUUAUUUAUAAUCAGAGCGCAUUAGUUCCUCAGUCUAUUAUUUCCAAUUUAUUUUGAUUAUACUUUACUCAGAGAUGGUUUUUCACUGGACGUGGUUUCUCACAAAAUUGGAGAUUCCUUUUUGAAAGAAACACAUUUCUGCCAUUUAAAUGGUCACUGAUCUGAACAUGUAAUUGGGUUUUCUACUAAAUUCCAAUCACAAAGCAGUUCAUUUCAGCAUAUUGAUGUGCUCUAAGCUUUGGCCACAAAUAUUUGACUGUUACACACAGAAGAGUCUAUUUUUUUCAUUCAAAAUGAUCCACACUUCUGCUGUUGAAUGAUGCAGUUUUGGAAUGUAGAUUGAUGGUUAAAGUUGAAAGCUUGAGAAGGGAGGCAGUAGUCAUUCUUAUUGUUCUCCCAAAACUGUACUGUAUUGUUAAAAUCAAAAUCUACUUAUUUCUUUUAAGUAACCCUCCUACAUUUGCAGUAGGCAUAAUGGAAUUCCCUUUGAAACGUCAAUGUUUUGAAUGCUACUGAUUUGCA